CUUCUUCCCCUCCUCGGUGCCGAAUAGAUUUCACACUUAGCGAAUUUCAGAAAGUUAGGGCACAACUCAUUCUUCGACGCAAUUUCUCAAUCAGAAGACGCGACGUACUGGGCGAAGGUGGGAUCGAGGAGGUUAAUCAGCACCGGCGUCCAGAUGGGUGAUGAGAGUAUAUUGUUUCGUGACUGACGAAGAAACUCUGGUAUGAGUAGGGAAAGAUAACAACGCGCACAGCCGCGGGGCUGACAGCUGAGAUGCACCCAGCCUGGCUCGCUGCCGUCUGCAGGAAAUGGAGGGUAAGAGGUGCUGAUACUUUGCCUCAGAUCAGAUCCUUUAUUUGUUUAUUUUAUAUAUUAUAACAUAGUUAGAUUCAAUUCAUCGUAUUCACUCUCAAAUUGAUUGAGGGUGAGAUGGGAAUUAUUUUCGCGAGGCUGUUUUCUUCACUCUUCGGGAACAAGGAAGGUCGGAUUCUUGUGUUGGGCCUCGACAAUGCCGGAAAGACCACGAUUCUUUAUCGACUUCAGAUGGGCGAAGUAGUGUCUACUAUUCCAACUAUUGGGUUCAAUGUGGAAACAGUGCAAUAUAACAACAUAAAGUUCCAAGUUUGGGAUUUAGGCCAUACUGGAGGUGCUACUUUCCCAAUACUCAAGCGAUAAUAUAUGUUAGUGAUUCAAGUGAUACUGAUAGGCUAGUGGUUGCCAAGGAAGAAUUCCAUGCAAUA